GUCGCACGCGGCCGCCAGGCGGAGGUUUGGACCGCGGAUCUAGGCGGCGGCGGCGGCCGAGGUCAGGCCGGGCGGCGCAACCGGCACAACCCGCCGCCACCGAGGUAGUGAUGGGCAAGGAGGAAGAGAUUGCUCGUAUCGCCCGGAGGCUGGACAAAAUGGUGACCAGGAAGAACGCGGUGAGGGGCGCGGGCCGCCAGGACCCUGGGGCCCCGCUCCGCGGAGACCGUCUGAGCCUACCCUCGGGCAGAGUGAUACCUAGCCCAGUCAGUCGAGACCCCUUGCCCAGGCCCGCCCUCCACCCUGUCCUGGGACUGCCGCUUCGCAAUGGACGCCGCGUUGACCGAAAGCUACCCUCUGUUCGUCGCCCAGCGGUGGCCGCGGGCGUCCCUGGCCCAGCCGUUGUCUCCCCUGUCUGCCCCCCACCCUUCAGCACCAGGUUUCUCUUAAUAAAUUUUUCCCCUGCUUAGUCAGGCCUCAGGCAACAGCAAGUCGGUUUGGGCAGACAGUUGAGCCUGUGGCGUUGAGACCCCUGGCCAGUGUGGGCUUGGCAGUCCAGCCUGCCUUCCGACCAUGGUCACCUGCGUAGCCUUUGAGGAGCAUCCUUAGGGGAUGAUGGCACCUGCAAUCUUGCCUUCCGUGGGUGGGAAGGGACUUAGGAGGUGGCUUUAAGACUGAGUGACUCUAGAGCAUCCGCAGCACCGCUCUGAGGGCAGCCCAGAUAGUGGCUGAGUCAUGAGUCUGUACAGCCUCCCCAGGACUGUGCUUGAAGUAGAAGGCUGCAGGACAGCUUUUGGGGAUGAGCAGGAUUGCUCUAGGGGUUGGAGGGCUGGGGUCUAAAACAGGAAGUAGGUUAAGUGCCCACAUAAGCCUUUACACUGGAAACAGAACCCACUUUGCAAUCAUCUGGGCUACAGAGGCCCUGCUGGAGCUUCUUUCCGGAGGGAGCUAUGGAUUUGCUGCGGGAGCUGAAGAAUAUGCCUAUUACAUUGCACUUGCUCCAGUCCACCCGUGUUGGGAUGUCUGUCAAUGCUCUGCGCAAGCAGAGUUCAGAUGAGGAGCUCAUUGCACUUGCCAAGUCCCUCAUCAAGUCCUGGAAGAAGCUCUUGGAUGUUUCUGAUGGCAAAUCCAGGAAUCAAGGGAGGGGCACACCUUUGCCUACAUCAUCAUCAAAGGAUGCCUCAAGGACUACGGAUCUCAGCUGCAAGAAGCCAGAUCCACCUAGGACCCCAUCCACUCCAAGGAUCACUACAUUUCCCCAAGUGCCCAUCACCUGUGAUGCUGUACGAAACAAAUGCCGAGAGAUGCUGACUUUGGCCCUGCAAACUGACCACGACCACGUGGCCGUUGGUGUGAACUGUGAGCAUCUGUCAUCUCAGAUCGAGGAGUGCAUCUUCCUGGACGUGGGAAAUACUGACAUGAAGUACAAGAAUCGGGUGCGGAGCCGAAUCUCUAACCUGAAAGAUGCCAAGAACCCUGGUCUACGGCGGAAUGUGUUGUGUGGUGCCAUUACACCCCAGCAGAUAGCUGUGAUGACAUCAGAGGAGAUGGCCAGUGACGAGCUGAAGGAGAUUCGCAAGGCCAUGACUAAGGAGGCCAUCCGUGAGCACCAGAUGGCCCGUACAGGUGGCACACAGACUGACCUGUUCACCUGCAACAAGUGCAGGAAGAAGAACUGCACCUACACGCAGGUGCAGACCCGUAGCUCCGAUGAGCCCAUGACUACCUAUGUUGUCUGCAACGAGUGUGGGAAUCGAUGGAAGUUCUGCUGAGCCCUUCUGACGUAACCCUGGCCAUGGCUAACACUGUCCUUCCUGCAAUGUUCUUGGUGGACACAGCUUCUCUGGAGAUACCCUGAAGGUGGCACGCCCUGUUCCAGCCCACCUGGUGUGCACUUUUUGCCCUCUUUACCUCAUUAUUAAAUGUUUUCUUGCUCCUAAUGGGCUAAACACAG